GCUUACGAUGGUAUCAAUUUAUAAUGAUAUCCUCAGCGCACACGCUACUUUUUAUAAGAGAAACUUCACCUUCACUUUUUUUUAUGCGAAAAGUACUCAAGCUUCAAUUUGUCGAUGAGUCUUCAGCAAUUCUCUCAAACACUCCUUGGGUAUAAUACCCUCAACAAGGCCAAUGCGAUAUCAUCUCUAAAGGGUAUCCCCUUGGUCAUUACUGUACACACUUUAUGCAGUAUAGUAGAAACGCUGUUGAACCUAUGUGCUGAUGGCAUUACUGUUACAAGGAAUGGUUGUCUUGCUGCAGAUCCUUUUUUUUUUUUUUUUUUUUUUUUUUUUUUUGUACAGUGGUUCUUUGGAAGAAGCAUUCGCCUUUAAAAUUGUUACGGUAAUCACGAAAAAGCUCUGACUUGAUGGAUCGCUCUUUAAAGAAAAAAGGAUUUGUUAGAAAGACAAUUUUA